AUGUUCCUGAUAGGAUAAGCAGCGCUCUGAUUGGUCGACCUAAAGAUUUUCUUUGCCAUAGCAAUUUUCCUUCCACGGCGGAAAACAAGUCACUGGCAAACCAAACACACCCCAAGGAACAACCAUUUCCACCGAUCCAACGGAAUUGCGACGGAAUUAGCGACGCUUGAGUAAAUUCAGAUGGCAGUGGCUACAAGUGCCAGCAAUUACCUAAAAACCUCAGGAGACGGUUUGUUUCCCUCCAGGCCACGGAUCCGUCGCUUAUUUCCUGGCAAUUCGCCGCGGUUCUUGGCCAUGGCGCCCAAACAGAAGGUGAAUAAGUACGACGCAGAUUGGAAAAAACAAUGGUUUGGGGCCGGAAUAUUCUACGAGGGGAGCGAAGAGCUGGACGUCGACGUUUUCAAGAAGUUGGAGAAGCGAAAAGUUCUGAGCACGGUGGAGAAAGCCGGCCUACUCUCCAAGGCGGAGGAGUUGGGAGUCACAUUGUCAUCCAUUGAGAAGUUGGGGCUUUUGUCCAAGGCGGAGGAGCUCGGACUGCUUAGUCUACUGGAAAAGGCCGCAGGCGUCUCGCCUUCCGCCUUGGCCUCGGCUGCGCUGCCGAUUCUGGUGGCGGCAGUCGUGGCCGUGGUGGUGAUCCCGGAUGACUCGGCGCCGCUGGUGGUUGCCCAGGCCGUGAUUGCGGGGUUGCUUGGGGUUGGGGGUGUGGGCUUGUUUGUUGGUUCACUUGUUUUAGGCGGGUUGCAAGAGGCUGAUUAAGACUAUAUUAUGCUGCCAUAAUCAAAUAUAUAAUUUAACUAUUAUUGU